CAGCUGUUGCAUAAACAGGGUGGAUGUUUUGGACUCUGGUUCUCUGGGUUGAGCUGCUUUCUGCAUAGCUUCUCUUGAAGAAUAUUAGAUCUCUAGCUCACUGAACAUUCAUGAAGGAUCGCUCCUGAACCUUAAAAGGAGAGGCAGAGCUGAAUAAUGACCCGAGGACAUGAUUUCUCAAGCAUGCCCAUUAUGCUCCAGAUGUGUGUGAUCAUCUGUUUGCUCUCAGCCGCCGUCUCUCAGUCAACAAAUUCCUCAUCAAAGAGAGGUCGUAAUUUCCCCAUCCAUUCCUCUCAGCUGGUUUGCAGUCUGCCUGGCCCAGUAGGACCCCCAGGAUUCCCGGGAGCUCCUGGACCCCCAGGGUCCAUGGGCCCUAUGGGUUCGCCAGGGUUGGAUGGUCCAGAUGGAAAAGAUGGAGAAAAGGGAGAAAAAGGAAAUGGGGGUGAUCCAGGUAGACCUGGGAACCCUGGGAAGCCCGGGGUGAAAGGCCGUGAAGGUCUUAUUGGUAAAGCAGGACCUCGGGGACCAAAAGGGCUGCGUGGAUCACCAGGUGUGGCCGGAAAACAAGGGAAGAAAGGGGAGCUGGGUGACAGGGGCCAGCAAGGACCUCCUGGUGGUUGUAACUGUGGCACUGCGGCUCGAUCAGCCUUUUCUGUGGCCGUAACAAAAAGUUAUCCAAAAGAACGAAUGCCGAUCAAUUUCAGCCGGAUCUUGCUUAAUGAAGGGAAUCACUACAAUGCCAGCAGCGGGAAGUUUGUCUGUCAGAUCCCUGGAGUCUAUUAUUUCACCUAUGAUAUAACACUGGCCAACAAGCACUUGGCUAUAGGACUGGUGCAUAAUGGUCAGUACAAGAUCAAGACCUUUGAUGCCAACACGGGGAACCAUGAUGUGGCAUCUGGCUCUACUGUUCUCCACCUGAAGCAGUCAGAUCAGGUGUGGCUGCAGAUCUUCUACUCAGAGCAGAAUGGACUCUUCUUUGACCCCUUCUGGACAGACAGCACCUUCACUGGGUUUCUCAUUUACGCUGAUCAGGAGUUUCUCAAUGAGGCAGAUAAAAAGGCGAAUAGUGAGGAUGACAGUUGACAUUACAAUCCUGAAUGUAUCCUAUUACCUGAUUUAUUACAGGUCAAAUCCGAACAAUGCAAUCUGGACUUGCUGAAAACGUCUUGACACAAGGGGGCGCAAAAGAAAGAAAAUAAAUAAGGAAAAAGGCUCGAACUAAAAAGGUUUUGUGACUGCAGUACUAAUGGGUCCAACUUGUUUUAAAUAUUUACCAGCCAUGUCUGGGCGGAUUGAUCACUGUUGUUUUGCUCUUAUGGAAGAAGCUUCUGUAAUGAGUCAUUUUCCAUUUUUACAGAACUGUGCAUUCUUGACGGUUAGUGUAAAUAAUUUUUAUUUCAAUAAAAAAAUUUAAAAUGA